AUGAACCCCGCCGCAAGCGGCGCUGCUGCCGACUCGCGACAGGCAGACAAUAGCAACAAGAAACAGAACCGAGCAUCGUCUCCAGCUCGGUUUAGAGACGGCGCAACGAAAUCAACCUCAAAAAACGCGACGCCGUCGAAAUCAGCCGGGACUAAGCCAAGUGGAAAAAGCAGCCGCAGUAACUCGCCCGUGACGGCAAACACGGGCAAAGAGAGACAGUCUUCCAAAGGUGCGGCAGCUGUCCAUGCGAGUGGUGCUGAAAGUCCUACUUUGAAAAGGGCGGAGACGAGCAAGAAAAUUGUGGAGCGCAACAAUUCCUCAGACGACGCACAUGACACAGAUCUUUCGGGCUUCAAGGGUGAUGCGAAUCGAGUAGUGUCUGAUCAGCCGUGUUCCUCUAAAUCUCCUCAGGGGAAGAGAAAGAAUCAGAGAGUAGAGCCGACAACAGGCAGCAACAAACAGACCGCUAAAAAUUCUGUGGGAUGCGGACCAGGCUUUUGGAGGGAAGGAUGUCUGCAAUCUGAAUUGAUACAAUUUCACAUGAACAAGAGUUUGAAGAAAGAGGGGAAAAUGCAAACAAAAACAUCAAGUUCUCCAGUCGCGGAACUGGAGCUGUCGUCAGAGAUAACAAAUACAGAGUCGACCACACAGGAGGGGCUUGAUUUACAGGAAGAAAUUGAGAGAUUGGAGGAUGAAAAUAAGGAAUUAAAGAAUGAAAUUGAAGAAAUGCGAGCGGAAAUGGAUGAGAUGCGAGACACGUUCUACGAGGAGGACGCUUGUCAGUUACAGGACAUGCGACGGGAAUUAGAGAGAGCCAAUAAGAACUGUCGAAUUCUGCAGUACCGCCUCAAAAAAGCAGAGCGGAAGCGUUUGCGUUAUGCGGAAAGUGGCGAAAUAGACGGUGAUCUGCGUAGGAGUGUGGAGCAGGAUUUAAAGGUGGCAAAGGAUGUGUCUGUGAGAUUGCACAACGAGCUCGAAAAUGUAGAGGAGAAACGAACAAAAACCGAGGAGGAGAACGAGAGACUGAGGCAACAACUGAUAGAGGUGGAGGUGACUAAGCAGGCUCUGCAAAACGAGCUGGAGAAAGCAAAGGAGCUGUCACUUAAACGUAAAGGAGGUAAAGAUGUGCAGAAAUCGGAGAAGAAGACACCGCAAACACCAACAGAGGAGGAAAAUGAAGAUCUGAAAUGCCAGAUAGCGUUCAUCAAGGAAGAGGCUGUUCUCAUGAGGAAGAAGAUGGCCAAGAUAGACAAAGAGAAGGAUCGCCUGGAACAGGAGAUUCAAAAGUACCGGUCCUUUUAUGGGGACGUGGACAGUCCCCUCCCCAAGGGCGAGGCAGGGGGCCCCCCCACGACACGUGAGUCUGAGCUGAAGCUACGUCUGCGUCUGGUGGAAGAAGAGGCCAACAUCCUGGCAAGGAAGAUCGUGGAGCUGGAGGUGGAGAACCGUGGGCUGAAGGCAGAGCUGGAUGACCUGCGUGGGGAGGAGCUGGGUGGAGGUCUGGCAGACCCCUCCACCCGAGAGCAGAAUGAGGCACUCUCUGAACUCCGACAGCAGCUGCAGCUAGUGGAGGAUGAGGCCGAACUGCUGCGUCGAAACCUGGCUGACGUCGAAGAGCAGAACAAGAGGGUCACCGGCGAACUGAACAAACUCAAGUACAAAGCAGGGUCGCACGAGAGCUCCAGGCACACAGGUGGGGUCAUAGACAGCGGUAAAGCGGAGGCGCUGCAGGAGGAGCUGAAGGCGGCCAGGUUGCAGAUUAAUGAGCUGAGUGGGAAGGUGAUGCAACUUCAGUACGAAAACCGCGUGCUGCUGUCCAACAUGCAACGUUAUGACUUGGCCUCCCACUUCGGCAUUCGCGCAAGCCCUCGAGACAGCGACGCGGAGAGCGACUGCGGCCGCCGAGAGAGCGACGACGACUCCUGCCGUCUCCCGCCGCAUCGGAAACGCGAGGGGCCGAUUGGGGGCGAAAGCGACUCCGAGGAAGUCCGCAACAUACGGUGCCUCACCCCAACUCGUACCCUUUACUCCCCCGAUGGGCGUUUUUUAUCCCGAAGUCUAAAAGACCGCCAGCAGAUGAUUGACAUUCGGAUGGAAGCUGAGCGACUCAGCAGAACCAUCGAUAGAUUGAUCGCCGAUACCAGCACCAUCAUCGCUGAAGCAAGAGUCUAUGUGACAAACGGUGAACUUUUUGGCAGAUUGGACGAGGACGACGACAGCAGCCGCAUAAGAGAACACGAACUCCUGUAUCGCAUCAACGCUCAAAUGAAAGCUUUCAGGAAGGAGCUUCAGAGCUUCAUUGAUCGACUUGAAGUUCCCAAACCAGAAGACAGAGAGACCGAGGAACCUCUGUCUAUGUUUCAACCAAUCAUUUUGCUUAUCCUCAUUCUUGUCUUGUUUUCCUCAUUGUCCUAUGCCACCAUAUUUAAAUUGGUCUUUCUUUUUACUCUUUUCUUUGUCCUGUGA